AUGUAAUUAAAAUCAAUCACAAGUGAGAAAUAGGCUAAUAAAACAACAGGAUUGGGUUCUAGUAGAACAGAUUAUUAAAGACUGAACACAGCAAAGUUGAAAUCAUUAGAAUCCAUAAUUUCUGAUAAAAAUAAUAAAUAGGUUUUGUAACCAUUAGGGAGAAAAGAUGUAUUAAUAAUUGAUACAUUUAGUACAGCAAAUAAAAAUGCUAUAGGACUAUUUAUAAGAAAAAAUAAAUGAAUAUUCAUAGGUUGAGAAAAAAAUAGAACUUUACAAAAAGGAAGGAGAUUAAAUGAAUGAUUAUGUUGAAGAUCUAAUUAAAGAAUAUUGUUUGUAAUUAGUACGACAAGGUAAAAAGGAGAAUACAAGUGAUGAUUAAAUAAAAUUAUUACAAGAAAAGAAAUAAUAAUUGAAAUAGGAAACUAUACAGUUACAUAAUUUGAAUAAGGUAUAAUAUUUUGAAUUGGAAGUUUAAUAAGGAUUAAGUUUAAAGUUGAAUGCUUAAAAAUAACAAUUAAAGAGAAAAAUUUAACUAUUUGAUGAAUAUUAUAAAAAGACAGAGUAAAAGAUUAGAUAAAAAUAACCAAAUCUUGAUUUUAAUGAGAUGCCUAAAGCUUAAAGAAAUAAAUAAAAACCUAAUGCUGUAGCUAUAAUUUAAAAGACUCCAGAUGAAAUUUUAUAAGAAAAAACUAUGUUAAUUGAAGAAUAUACAAAAAAAAUAGAAUAAUUGACAUUCUAAAUAUAAGAGAUAACUAGAACUUGUAUUUUAGAGAAAUAAGAAUUAAUAAAAAAGAUUUAAGAUACAAAAGAAGAGUAAUUAAAAUUAAGUGAUAAAAUCUUAAACUUAAGAUUAAGAUUAAAUAAAUUUGAUAAAUUAGAAUAAUCUUUAUCCAGUGAUAAAUGUAUUUCUGAUAUCAAAUCUAAUGACACAGAACAUUCAUAAUAACAAUAAUAAGAAUUGAUAAUAUGA